AUGUCCGACCAAGAUCAACUGAAAAUAAAGCCCGAUGUCGUGGACCGGGAAGUAAACCAAUCGAACCACGACUUGGAACUGGCUAGCUUGCCAACAAGACAAGCCCGGCUGAAGGGAGCAAUAUGGGACACCUGGGACAAAUCACCCCGAGAACGUAAACUCGUUCGAAAGGUGGACUGGUGGCUAUUGAGCUAUGCAUGCACCGCGUAUUUCAUCAAAUCACUGGAUCAAUCCAAUACUUCUAAUGCAUAUGUUUCCGGCAUGAAAGAGGCUCUCGAUCUGAAAGGAAACGAUCUCAACUACCUAACAACAUACUGGAACAUUGGAUAUAUCAUCGGUCAGAUCCCAUCCCAGCUGAUUCUGACCAAGAUUCGACCCUCAAUCUGGUUACCGGCCCUUGAGCUGAUCUGGAGUAUCUUGGUUAUGGCCCUUGCAAGCGCAAAAAAUGCCAAAACGGUAUUUGCACUUCGCUUCUUUAUCGGCCUGUUCGAGGCUUCUGCCUAUCCAGGAAUAAUCACACUCCUCGGAAAUUGGUAUACACCACAAGAACUGGCAAAGAGAAGCGCCAUAUUCCAAGCUUCUUCAAGUGCGGCGAACAUGUUCUCCGGAUACCUCCAGGCGGCGCUGUAUUCGGGCAUGGAUGGUCGAUCAGGUCUGUCUGCUUGGCAGUGGUUGUUCAUUUUCGAUGGAAUUCUCGGGAUACCGAUUGCUUUGUACGGAUUUUGGGCCAUCCCAGAUGCUCCUAGUGAUUCGAAAACCCGUUGGCUGAGCGAGGAUGACACCAAAUACGCCGAACAGAGAAUGGAGGCCGUUGGGCGAGCGCCGGCGGCUAAGCUCACAUGGCGAACAUUCCUCGAUGUGUUUCGCACCUGGCCAGUCUGGCUGUUUUCCACGGCCUUCAUUGCUCAUGUUUGCGGUCUCCGGAUCUAUUCGUAUUUCAAUGUGUGGCUCAAAGCAACUGGCAAAUACACAGUUGAACAAGUCAAUGUGAUUCCCUCCGCUGGAUAUGGACUGCAAAUCAUUUUCACUCUCUUGUAUGCCUGGACGAGUGACUUUUUGAAGAUGCGGUGGCCUGUUAUCGCAUUCGCCUGUGUGCCAGCGUUGGUUGGGACGAUCAUUCUGUCUCUUUGGCCGGUGCACAACACCUCGGCGAUGAUGACGGGCUGGCUAUUGACCUAUAUUGAGACUGGCGCUGGGAUAAUCUUCACGUCUUGGGUUAGUGAGACUUGUGGGUUUUCGGCUGAGCAUCGCAUUGUUGUUAUCGGAGUGAUGGAGACCGUUUCCUUUACUUUCAAUGCUUGGGUGCCUCUGUUGGCAUAUAAUACCAGCCAAGAACCCCACUUCAAAGUCGGGUAUCAAAUUGCGGCCCUGUUCUUUGCAUUCGAACUUGUUAUGACUCUCGUGAUCGCGGGAGUUGAGAAAAGAUGGCCAGCUUCAAGUUUAGUGACAGAGGGCGAACCAGCUAGUCUGUGA